AUGGGUUCUGCAAAUCAGUACCAACUUCUGGAGGCAAGCCAGCCCCCGCCACUCCUAAUUCCAGGCACCGUUUCCGGCCAAAACGCAAGCCCAAACCCCAGUCCGUUGGUAAUUCUCUGAGUCUCUUGUCCGCUUUCCAGCUCAAUGCGUCUGGUCGUAGAAGAUUUGUUGAUGUCUUGCUCAAUGGCCAUGCUGUUCGUCUACAGUUGGACACUGCCUCAGAUAUCACCAUCAUCUCUGAGAGACUCUGGCAGUCCCUUGGCAGUCCCACGAUGCAGCCGACUUCCCAGUCCGCCACAAGCGCGUGCGGUGGUCUCGUACAGCUAAUUGGGCAGCUGCAAUGCUGUGUGUCGUUCCGCGGUACCAGCAUCACUGCGAUCUGCUACAUCACCUAG